AUGUCUGCCUUCGCCCGCUUUCUUAAUAGCCCUACCGGCCCUAAAACUGUCCACUUCUGGGCCCCCACUUUGAAAUGGGGCUUGGUCGUUGCUGGUCUUUCCGAUACACAAAGACCCGUCCACAAACUCAGCGGUACACAAAACCUGUCGUUGCUCGCCACCGGUCUGGUUUGGACCCGUUGGUCGUUUGUCAUCAAGCCCAAGAAUUACCUACUGGCUUCGGUCAACUUCUUUUUGACGCUGACUGCCGGGUACCAGAUCUCACGUAUAGUACGUUUCCGCUCAGCAGAAGGUGACGACGCCAAGGGUAUUUUGAAGUACAUCAUCGAUGGGCAAACGAGCGAGUAG